AUGAUAUUGAUACUAUUCUUAAUACUUGGAUUUGUCAGAAGUAAAUGCCCAACGACAAAUUUUAUUAUUAAUUCACCUACUUUUCAAAAAACAGUUGAAUCUCAAUAUAGUCCAAUAACAAAAAAUAUUGGAUGUGGAGAUGAAGGAAGAACACGAGCAACAUGGUUUUCAGUUGAAAAUAAAUCACCUUCAAAUAUUGCUGUAUCAUUACAAUUUUACAAUGAGCAACGAGUUUUAUCAAAAGGACAUUUAACUGUUACAGUAUUGUCUAGUUGUAUUGGAAAGAAUUCCAAAUGUAUUUCAAAGUAUUCAGGAAGUGAAAAAUUAAAUGUAGUAACAUUUACAUUAAGUCCUAAUGAAAAAGUAUUUAUUUCACAUCAUUCAGAAAUUAAAGGAAAAGAAAAUAAAAAAGGAGAAUGGGUUAGAAUAAGAGCAAUACCAUUUAAACCAACAACUAAUCUUAAAAAUAAUGAAAGAAAUGUUAAUAAACAAGAAAUAAAACAUCUCGUUCAUAAAACUGAUAAUGUUCUUCAUGAAGCAAAAAAUGUAAUGAAAAAAAUUCAACAUGACGUUAGACAUCAAAGAGCAAAAGUUGCUGCAGAAAAAAUUGCAGAAAAGAUGAUUCAAAGAAAAAUGAAAACAGGAACAUUUGUUAAAAAAGAAGAAAGUUUAAUGAAAGAAAAAAGUUUUCCUAAAACAAUUAUUCCUAAAAAAGUAGAAUUAAUUAAAAAAACAAGUUCUGUUAAAAUUGGAAGAAUGAAGUUUAGACCAUCAAGACCUCAUUUUGUUGAAUUAAUUUCAUUUGAAGAUCAAAACAUUUCAGCAGAUAUUUGUAAUAAAAAAAAUGGAAGAAGUAGAGCAAAAUAUUAUCGUGUAGAAAUUCCUAAAGGUAAAAAAAUUCGAGUGAAUACUUGUAAUAAACAUACUGAUAGUGAUGUUUCUAUUGGUAUUAUGGUUGGUAAUACUUGUAAACAAAUUAAAAAAUAUAAAUGUAGAAGAAUGAAUGGUGAAGUAGUUGAAUAUACACCUGAAAAUAGACAAGCUGAAAGUGUUGUUGUUAGAGUUGGUUCAAAAAAUAUAAAAGGAUAUGCAGUUGUUAAAAUUGAUGCAUUGGAUAUUGUUAGAAAUUUAAGUAGAAAUAAAAAAGAUCAAUUAUCCCGUGAAGGUAGAUUUAGAUUUGGUGGAUUUUGGGGAAAGAAAUGGGCUAAAUUAACAAUUAAUAAAAAUGAAUCGUCUUGUUUAAAUAAAUGUAAAUCAAAAACUUUUAAUCAACAAAAUAAAAGUUUCUGUAAUAAAUGUCAUUUAGAAGAAUCUUGUAAAAAAUGUAAUGGAAAAAAAGAUGGUGAAUGUUCAAAAUGUCCUGUUUUAGUUAAUAAUUCUGUUAUUAAAUCUAAUAAAUUAAAACCUUCUCAUGUUCAAUUAAAAUUAAAUCCAAAAACAAUUCAUAUUAAUCGUAAUGUAAAUGGUAAAAGUAAUGUUCAUUUAUUACCUACUGUUAAUUCUACUAUUACUCAAACCACAGUUGGUAAUACAACAAUAAAAGCUGCAACUGUAGAUAAUGGAACUACUCCAAAGAAAACAGUUUUAGAACGUUUUGGUGCAAAAGGAAUAAUGAUUAGUUUAUUAGUAGUAGCGGUAUGUGGCUUAUUAUUAAUUUUUGGUAUGAUCAUUGUUAAGUUUGCUAAGAGAAACAACAACGAAUAUAAUCCCAUUUAA